AUGGGCGGACAUGCUUCCACGCGAGCUGCUGCUGAAGUGUGCGACGAGUCUUGCCUCACCGAUGAGGAGCGGCAGCUGUCGCCCUUGUUUUGCGAGGUCCUCAUGAUGCUUUGGAAGCAUCAACGCAGCUUAGGUGGCCUGAAGCACUUUGCCAGCUCACGGCCGAGUCUCAGGCAUAAAGUGAAGAAAGAGGACUUUUGCACCAACUAUACCGACUUCGAGUACGUUUACAUGACAGUACUGGGAUUCGCCAAACUACAUGCCUUGGUCGAGGAAAUCACCAAGCUGAACAACGGCGAGAAUUUCACGCGCAACCCAGGUGUGCAGUUGCUGGAACGUGCGUGCGGCAUGACGAUGCACGGGGACCGGGAGGGUUCCAACGCGCUGCUGCGCUCGGCACCAGGAGCCAUGCUGGAGGCAUAUCAGGCUGCAAAGGCUUCGGGAAAAAUUCUGGAGUUCUUCAGGAAAGCAUUUGACCGUAAGGCUGAUCCUUGCCUGGAGGGCCGCACCAGUCGUCUCAUGCACUUUGCAGAGCAGCAGCGCGCACCUGGUGGCUCCAUGGCACCAUGGGAGGACAUUUCGUUGCAACGGCUUCCAGCAGAUGCCGCUGUCAAAGACGUAGCUGGCGAACACUUGCGGGUCUUUUGCAACGAAUGCACGUGGCAAUGGGCCAAGAAGAUUGGCACCAGCUACGAAAAAGCCAAAGAAUUGAGGUUCGGCAGCGAUGAAGCCUUGGCCGAAGACUUCGCACAGAGCUACAACGCGGAGACCUUCAGCCAAGCGCUGCGGGCGCGGGGCGUCGUACGGCGAGGGACGGCGUCCUGCAGAUGGGAGGUGCAGCUGGAAGAUGGGACUUGGGGUCCUUAUGAGGAGGACGCUUCGGCUUCCAUUGAGUCAGCACACCAGCUGGGGCAGCCGGAAUUGGAACUCAGACUGGGGCCACGAGGUUGGCAGUAUACGAUCGAUCUCCAGAACCAGGUGCAGCGAAAUGACAAGACCAAGAAAUCACGUCCCAUUCGAAGGACGGAGGUUGCUACCUCUCCGGUUUCACCCGAAGGGGUGGCCGGUGGCGCCCGCCUCACAGAAGAUGAACUGGCAGAAGCCAUACGUUAUUUCGUGGGUUUGUGCACUCUGCCUUCGAAAGCGACUUUGUCUCCGGCGCCACCACCAUCACGGCCAAGCGGGAGCAGCGCUACACCCAGUGCGUGA